AGGAUGUGCAUCCUGUAUCGCAACACAGGAAGAGAGGGACACAUUCCUAUAUCAGCUGGUUGAGAAAUACCAUGGAGAGACAUUGUCUGCCAACAGGCCUUGUUAGCUGUAACAUGCGAUUGAUAAAGAUGGGUCGUUAUCUACUUGUUUUGGACAUGUGUCAAGUAUGUGUUGUGUGCUCAGCUGUUUUCUAUUAACUGCAAUUCUAGCAUUUUGAGCUGAAUUCUGGUAGGCUGAAUUAUUUCACUUGACCUGUAUAGCAGUCAACUAGUAAAAUUAGGUAAUUGCUCUCCUGUCCUUACAGGCUUACCUGGGUAACAUGAAUAAAAAUGUAUCAUCCCCUGAGGAGAAUCAAUCUUAUAUUUGAGUAUCAUGGACAACGAAACAUGUUUGUUUUACUUGAAUGUCACAUCUGACCUGUGUGUAAACUUCUGAAAAAUAAAUUGAAUAGGAAGGGGACUGGGCAGUAAUUUGACAGUGAACGUCUUUGUUUUAAAAGCAGUGGUCUGAGACAGCCUACUAUAAAAGACAAACUAUAGUUUUAUACAACGAAGGGAAAUACCAGGAUGGAACUUAAUACUUGGACAUUGUCUUUGAUUUAGCUUUGAGUGAUUGCUUUACUGUGCUAGUGAAAUCCUAACAUUUUCUGCACUCAUUAAAUGUAUCGCUCUCUUACUUUUUGUUGCUAAUGUUUCAUUUCGAAAUGUUUUAUUGACAGCCACACUGGAGACCACAAUGUCUGUUUUGGGGCUCUUGAGUGGCACAGCGGUCUAAGGCACUGCAUCUCAGUGCUAGAGGUGUCACUACAGACCCUGGUCCAUAGGGCGGUGCACAAUUGGCCCAGCGUCGUCCAGGUUAGGUGGUCAUUGUAAAUAAAAAUUUGUUCUUAACUGACUUGCCUAGUUAAAUAAAGGGAAAAAAAAUUAAAAAUACUUUGAGUUUAGAUUGUCAUAUUGGCAAUGAGUUUACCCCCACCUGGUGACCAAUAAAAUAAUUACCCGGAAGUGUGGUCGAAGUUCAUAACGUAACGUGCGUGUUACCAAUGCCUGCGUUUUCUGAAAACAAAACAAACACUGGAGACUAUGGCAGAUUUUGGAGUUGAGGAGCUUAAGCGGCUUGAAUACCUGUCUUUGGUGUCCAAAGUGUGUACAGAACUUGACAACCAUCUUGGUAUUUGCGAGAAAGAUCUUGCUGAGUUUGUCAUCUGCCUUGCUGAAAAGAAACCAACAUUCGAUGGCUUCAAAUCACUUCUGCUGAAAAAUGGAGCAGACUUCACAGAUUCUCUCAUCAGCAAUUUGCUCAGACUUAUUCAAACUAUGCGGCCGUCAAAAGAAUCUGCGAGCAAAGCCUCUGAGCCUGUGGUUAAACAGAAGAGUGAGAAGGACAAACUGAAGGAGAUGUUUCCUGGAUUGUGCAGGCCAGACAAUCCAGCUCCCAUUCCGCUAGAAGAAGAUGAUGUGAGGGUAGCAGAUGCUGCCAUGAAAGAAUUGGAGAUGUUCAUGCCCAGUGUCAGUGGAACAAACUCAACGAGCAGGUUGGACAACAAAAGGCAGCGAAGCAGAAGUCGGAGCCAAGACAGAGACAGGAAGAGACGCUCACGCUCUCCGUCUUGUGACCGUGAGAGGGACAGAGACUUCAAACGCGGUCGAAAACGUGUUUCCCGCUGGAGUGAUCGCAGUCCGAGCCCCACCAGGGAUCGAGAUUUUGAGGUUGGUUCUGACCGCUAUAAGGACAAACACGUGGACAGGCCCCCACCUGAAGAGCCUGCUGUAGGGGACAUAUUCAAUGGCAAAGUCACCAGCAUCCUUCAGUUUGGCUGCUUCGUGCAACUGGAGGGGCUGAGGAAACGCUGGGAGGGGUUGGUGCACAUCUCUGAGUUACGCAAAGAGGGACGUGUUGCCAACGUGGCUGAUGUGGUCCAGAAAGGUCAACGAGUCAAGAUCAAGGUUCUGUCCUUCACUGGCUCCAAGACCAGUCUCAGCAUGAAGGAUGUAGACCAGGAAACAGGGGAGGACCUGAACCCCAACAGGAGGAGGAACCAGGGCCCUGAUGGUGGGGAGGAGAAAAUCAUGAGGAACCCCGACCGCCCAACCGACCUCAACCUGGGCCACGCCCCUGAGUUGGAGGAUGACACACUGGAGCGCAAGAGACUGACCAAGAUAUCAGACCUCGAGAAGUGGGAGAUCAACCAGAUGAUUGCUGCUAAUGUUCUUUCUAAAGAGGAGUUCCCUGACUUUGACGAGGAGACGGGUAUCCUCCCAAAAAUUGAUGAUGAAGAAGAUCAGGACCUGGAGAUUGAGCUAGUGGAGGAGGAGCCUCCGUUCCUGAGAGGACACACUAAACAGAGUAUGGACAUGAGCCCUGUCAAGAUUGUAAAGAAUCCAGACGGCUCGCUGUCCCAGGCAGCCAUGAUGCAGAGUGCUUUGGCUAAGGAGAGGAGGGAGGUGAAGCAGGCUCAGCGAAUGGCUGAGAUGGACUGCAUACCUAUUGGCCUCAACAAGCACUGGGUCGACCCUUUGCCUGACUUUGAUGGAAGGCAGAUUGCAGCCAACAUGAGAGGAAUCGGCAUGAUGCCAGACGGCGUCCCGGAGUGGAAGAAACAUGCAUUUGGGGGCAACCAGGCCUCUUAUGGCAAGAAGACAGCAAUGUCCAUCCUGGAGCAGAGAGAGAGCCUGCCCAUCUACAAGCUCAAAGAGCAGCUCAUACAGGCUGUCCACGAUAAUCAGAUCCUGAUUGUGGUUGGAGAGACUGGCUCUGGGAAAACUACCCAGAUCACCCAGUACCUGGCCGAGUCGGGCUACUCCACUCGGGGGAAGAUCGGCUGCACUCAGCCCCGUCGUGUGGCAGCCAUGUCCGUGGCCAAGAGAGUCUCUGAAGAGUACGGUUGCUGUCUGGGCCAGGAGGUGGGCUACACCAUCCGUUUCGAGGACUGCACCAGUCCUGAGACGGUGAUCAAGUACAUGACACAUGGUAUGCUGCAGAGGGAAUGUCUGAUAGAUCCGGACAUGGGUCAGUACACCAUCAUCAUGCUUGACGAGGCCCACGAGAGGACCAUCCAUACUGAUGUGCUCUUUGGUCUACUCAAGAAGACAGUGAAGAAACGCCCAGACAUGAAGCUGAUUGUGUCCUCAGCGACGCUAGAUGCCGUCAAGUUCUCCCAGUACUUCUUCGAGGCGCCCAUCUUUACCAUCCCAGGACGUACUUUCCCAGUGGAGGUGCUCUACUGCAAAGAGCCUGAGACGGACUACCUGGACGCCAGUCUCAUCACCGUCAUGCAGAUCCACCUGACCGAGCCUCCAGGUGAUGUCCUGGUGUUUCUGACGGGUCAGGAGGAGAUUGACACAGCUUGUGAGAUCUUGUAUGAACGGAUGAAGUCUCUGGGACCUGAAGUGCCUGAACUCAUCAUUCUACCUGUCUACUCCGCGCUGCCAAGCGAGAUGCAGACCCGUAUCUUUGACCCAGCUCCCCCCGGCAGCAGGAAGGUAAUCAUUGCCACUAACAUUGCUGAGACGUCUCUGACUAUUGAUGGGAUCUACUAUGUGGUGGACCCAGGCUUUGUGAAGCAGAAUGUCUACAAUUCCAAGACUGGCGUCGACCAAUUAGUGGUGACCCCCAUAUCACAGGCCCAAGCUAAGCAGCGUUCUGGUAGGGCUGGAAGAACUGGCCCUGGGAAAUGCUACCGGCUAUUUACAGAGAGAGCCUACAGAGACGAGAUGCUCACCAGCAAUGUGCCUGAAAUCCAGAGAACAAACCUGGCCAGUACCAUGCUGUCUCUCAAGGCCAUGGGCAUCAAUGACCUGCUAUCAUUUGAUUUCAUGGACGCUCCACCCAUGGAGACAAUGAUCACAGCCAUGGAGAUGCUCUACACUUUAGGGGCUCUGGAUGAUGAGGGGUUACUCACUCGCCUUGGACGCAGGAUGGCUGAGUUCCCUCUGGAGCCCAUGCUGUGUAAGAUGCUGAUCAUGUCCGUCCACCUGGGCUGCAGUGAGGAGAUGCUCACCAUCGUCUCCAUGCUGUCUGUGCAGAACGUCUUCUACAGGCCCAAGGACAAGCAGCAGAUGGCUGACCAGAAGAAGGCCAAGUUCCACCAGGCCGAAGGAGACCACCUUACUCUGCUGGCUGUCUAUAACUCCUGGAAGAACAACAAGUUCUCCAACCCCUGGUGCUUCGAGAACUUCAUCCAGGCCCGUUCCUUGCGCAGAGCCCAGGAUAUCCGCAAACAGAUGCUGGGUAUCAUGGACAGGCAUAAACUGGACAUGGUGUCUUGUGGAAAGGCCACAGUGCGCAUACAGAAGGCCAUCUGCAGUGGUUUCUUCCGGAACGCAGCCAAAAAGGAUCCCCAGGAGGGUUACCGUACCCUCAUUGACCAGCAGGUGGUGUACAUCCACCCCUCCAGUUCCCUGUUCAACCGCCAGCCUGAGUGGUUAGUGUACCAUGAGUUGGUGCUGACUACUAAGGAGUACAUGAGGGAGGUGACCACCAUUGACCCACGCUGGCUGGUAGAGUUCUCGCCGGCCUUUUUCAAAGUGGCCGAUCCCACGCGUCUCAGCAAACAGAAGAAGAUGCAGCGCCUCGAGCCCCUCUACAACCGCUACGAAGAGCCCAACGCUUGGAGAAUCUCCCGCGCCUUUCGCAGGAAGUAGAGGUGUAUCUCUUAUACCCUUACGCACAGGCUCACACCACAGCAGGAGAGAGAGGGAGACUGUCAUUGACAACUGGUUGAGAAAUACCAGUCCAUUGUUCCUUUCUGUGUUCCUUCCGAGUCAUUUGGCUUCAUGGUCAAUGUCAGUUAACUUACCUCCCAUCAGACAGAAAUCAAAAGUGCCCAUAAAUUACCAAAAGGUCUUUUUUGCCCAAUGUAUAAAUUAUCUCAAAACAGAACAUUACGGAUUCCCUCAAAGAAAAUGACUAUUAAGUGAUUAGGAAGGAGACUGGACACUUUAAGUGGGCAGUAAUCUAAUCAGUCAGUGGAAGUCUGUCUGUUUAUGAGGACACAAUGCUCAGAGUCCAUUUAGUCUAGAGAUCUCAUGUAAUAUAGUUUAUAUCUAGGGAAACGGAUCGGACUUUGAUUGUGGUCAACAAUUACCAGAUCUGUGGUUUCAUUAAGAUGACGGAAAUGUAAGCGAACUGAAAUGAGUGAUAUCUAAAUGACCAUAUUCUUCCAUAUUAAAUAUUGGAUGGUCUCAUGUCUGCUGUUUUUGUCUUGUUGCUGUUAUAAUUAAACUGUCUUGGUCCGCCAAUGAUAGGAAUGGAAAGGAUAGUACAGACAAGUUACAGAAUUGGCCCUUGCAGAACUACAAAAGUAGUCAACUGAUUUUCAAAAGUCAACUGAUUUUAAUUUAUGAAUGUUAAGGUGUCCCAUUACGGCUGUGUGCAGAUACAGUGCAUUUGGAAAGUAUUCAGACCCCUUGACUUUUUCCACAUUUCGUUACGUUACAGCCUUAUUCUAAAAUGGAUUAAAUAGUUUUUUCCCCUCAUCAAUCUAUGCACAAUACCACAUAAUGACAAAGCAGAAACAGGUUUUUAGAAAUGUUUUAGAAAUAACAUUUACAUAAGUAUUCAGACCCUUUACUCACUACUUUGUUGAAGCACCUUUGGCAGAGAUUACAGCCUCGAGUCUUCUUGGGUAUGACGCUACAAUCUUGGCACAACUGUUUUUAGGGAGUUUCUCCCAUUCUUCUCUGCAGAUCCUCUCAAGCUCUGUCUGGUUGUAUGGGGAGCGUCGCUGCACAGCUAUUUUCAGGUCUCUCCAGAUAUGUUUGAUUGGGUUCAAGUCUGGGCUCUGGCUGGGCCACUCGAGGAUAUUGAGACUUGUCCCGAAGCCACUCCUGCGUUGUUUUGACUGUGUGCUUAGGGUCAUUGUCCUGUUGGAAGGUAAACCUUUGACCCAGUCUGAGGUACUGAGCGCUCUGGAGCAGGUUUUCAUCAAGGAUCUCGCUAUAAUUUGCUCCGUCCAUCUUUCCCUCGAUCCUGACUAGUCUCCCCUGCCGCUGAAAAACAUUCCCACAGCAUGAUGCUGCCACCACCAUGCUUCCCCAUAGGGAUGGUGCCAGCUUUCCUCCAGACGUGACGUGACUCAUGGCAUUCAGGCCAAAGAGUUCAAUCUUGGUUUCAUCAGACCAGAGAAUCUUGUUUGUCAUGGUCUGAGAGUCCUAUAGGUGCCUUUUGGCAAACUCCAAUGGGCUGUCAUGUACCUUUCACUGAGGAGUGGCCUCCUGGCCUCUCUACCAUAAAGGCCUGAUUGGUGGAGUGCUGCAGAGAUGGUUGUCCUUCUGAAAGGUUCUCCCAUCUCCACAGAGGAACUCUGGAGCUUUGUCAGAGUGACCAUUGGGUUCUUGGUCACCUCCCUGACCAAGGCCCUUCUCCCCCGAUUGCUCAGUUUGGCCGGGUGGUGGUUUCAAACUAUUUAUAUUUAUGAAUGGAGGCCACUGUGUUCAUGGGGACCUUCAAUGCUGCAGAAAUGUUUUGGUACCCUUCCCAAGAUCUGUGCCGCGACACAAUCCUGUCUCGGAGCUCUACGGACAAUUUGUUUGACCUUAUGGCUUGGUUUUUGCUCUGACAUGCACUGUCAAUUGUGGGACCUUAUAUAGACAGGUGUGUGUGCUUUUCCAAAUCAUGUCCAAUCAAUUGAUUUUACCACAGGUGGACUCCAAUCAAGUUGUAUAAACCUCCCAAGGAUGAUCAAUGGAAACAGGAUGCACCUGAGCUCAAUUUUGAAUCUCUUGGCAAAGGUUGUAGAACACCUACUCAUUCAAGGGUUGUUUUUUUUAAACUAUUUUCUACAUUGUAGAUAAUAGUGAAGACAUCAAAAAGAUGAAUUAACAUAUAUGGAAUCAUGACCCAAAAAAGUAUUUAUAUGUAUUUUAUAUUUGAGGUUCUUCAAAUAGCCACCCUUUGCCUUGAUAACAGCUUUGCACACUCUUGGCAUUCUCUCAACCAGCAUCACCUAGAAUGCUUUUCCAACAGUCUUGAAGGAGUUCCCACAUAUGCUGAGUACUUGUUGGCUGCUUUUCCUUCAUUCUGCCGUCUGACUCAACCCAAACCAUCUCAAUUUGGUUAAGGUCGGGGGAUUGUGGAGGCCAGCUCAUCUGAUGCAGAACUCCAUCACUCACCUUGGUAGAAUAACCCUUACACAGCCUGAGGGUGUGUUGGGUCAUUGUCCUGUUGAAAAAUAAAUGAUAGUCCCACUAAGCCCAAACCAGAUGGGAUGGUGUAUCGCUGCAGAAUGCUGUGGUAGCCAUGCUGUUUAAGUGUGCGUUGAAUUCUAAAUAAAUCACAGACAGUGUCACCAGUAAAGCACCCCCAUACCAUAACACCUGCUCCUCCAUGCUUUACGGUGGGAAAUCCACAUGCGGAGAUCAUCCGUUCACCUACUUUGCGCCUCACAAAGACACGGCGGUUGGAACCAAAAUUCUCCAAUUUGGACUUCAGACCAAAGGACAAAUUUCCACCGGUCUAAUGUCCAUUGCCUGUGUUUCUUGGCCCAAGCAAGUCUCUUAUUCUUAUUGGUGUCCUUUUAGUAGUGGUUUCUUUGCAGCAAUUCGACCAUGAAGGCCUGAUUCAGUCUCCUCUGAAAAGUUGAUGUUGAGAUGUGUCUGUUACUUGAACUCUGUGAAGCAUUUAUUUGGGCUGCAAUUUCUGAGGCUGGUAACUAAUGAACUUAUCCUCUGCAGCAGAGGUAAUUCUGGGUCUUCCAUUCUUGUGGCGGUCUUCAUGAGAGCCAGUUUCAUCAUAGUGCUUGAUGGUUUUUGCGACUGCACUCGAAGAAACGUUAAAAUUUUCCGUAUUGACUGACCUUCAUGACUUAAAGUAAUGAUGGACUGUCGUUUCUCUUUGCUUAUUUGAGCUGUUCUUGCCAUAAUAUGGUAUUUUAUCAAAUAGCCCUAUCUUCUGUAUACCACCCCUACCUUGUCACAACACAACUGAUUGGCUCAAAUGCAUUAAGAAGGAAAGAAAUUCCACAAAUUAACGUUUAAGAAGGCACACAUGUUUAUUAAGAUGCAUUCCAGGUGAGUACCUCAUGAAGCUGGUUGAGAGAAUGUCAAGAGUGCAAAGCUGUCAUCAAGGCAAAGGAUGGCUAUUUGAUUUGUUUAACACUUUUUUGUUUACUACAUGACUCCAUAUGUUGUUUCAUUUAAUGUCUUCACUAUUAUUCUACAAUGUAGAAAAUAGUAAAAAUAAAGAAAAACCCUUGAAUGAGUAGGUGUUCUAAAACCUUUGACCAGUAGUGUACGUCUGUUUUUUAAAUAUUUUUAAUACAUUUGCAAACAUUUCUAAAAACAUGUUUUUGCUUUGUCAUUAUGGGGUAUUGUGUGUAGAUUAAUGAGGAAAACAUUUAUUUAAGUCAUUUUAGAUUAAGGCUGUAAUGUAACAAAGUGGAAAAGGCGUCUGAAUACUUUAGGAAUUCACUGUAUUAGGAGUGGAACAGUCUGACCUAUAAGAACCUUCGUAGUAAUCAUGUUUCCUAGUUCACAUAAGGUGUGACCACUGAUAAUGUCAGCAUGUGAGGUCGGAAAUGCAUGUGCUCUUUUGUCAACGACUUUGGGAGAAUCUCAAUUGCAUACUCCUCGCGUACUCCCCUCAACCCAUUGGAUGAGAAAGCCAGAGGAGAGAGGACGCGAGGAGUAUGCAAUUGAGAGUCUCCCAUAGACUGAAGUUUGAUUAACUGAUUUUCGUGCUCAUGAUUUAUACUGUAAAUUACUCCAUGCGUUGAAAUAACACCCCUUCUCCCUCUGUGUAGCCAUUCCAAAUCUGUCACAAUGUUAUCAGAGAAAGAAUAUAUGUCUUGGCACAUAGUAGUAGUAAUAUUGUGUCUUUUAUUAAGCAAUCUCUUUAACCACAGUCAUGUGUAUGGAUUAAAUAGGCCUCAGAAGUGAGAGGAAUGCAGCUCUUAAAAACUCAAAGAAACACCAUAGCCUUUUUAUAUACAAGUGGAUGGGGUGGGCAUGUGCAAUAGGUGAAGGGGCCGGGGUAGGCAACUAGAUUAGAUUCAGCCGCGGGCCGAUUUUUUUUCCGGAGCGGAUGGUCGGGGGGGCCGGAACAUAAUAAUUUGUACACUGCAAAUUGACCAGAACUAAGCCCAAAAAGAGACUGUAUUUGAAAAAAAACAACUUUCAUACCUUGAUUACACUGAGACAUGAUCACUUUUUUUUUUUGUGGGAAUACUUGGGAACAAAUGUCCUAAAUUAAACAAAUGUUGGGCUGAAUUCCUGGUGAUUUUAGGCUUUGACAAAACGAAAACCCCAAAACUUUUGCCCCCCCCCCCCCCC